AUGUCUAUAGAGUCAUUUCCAUCUAAUGCAGUUUAUUAUUUUCGUACUCAGUAUAAUGAAUAUCAAUAUAUUAGUAAUCUUCAAACAGGCUCAAUAGUUAAUCUUACAGGUAUUGUUGCUUCAUUUAAAGACUCUAGAAAAUCUAGAGGGACAGAUUUUACAAACAGUUGUAUUAUAUUUGACAAAUCUUGUGCUAUUCCUGGCGGUGGAUUGUUAAUUAAUUUUUUCAGACCUUUAAAAAAAGAUCUUCCAUUAUUUAAUGAUGAUACAGGUGCUAUUUUACUACGAAAUCUUAGAAUAAAUCCAUACAAUAUUAAUAUGCAAGGUAUUAGCAGGAUUGAUACAGAGUGGAUAUUAUUUGAUAAAAAAGGUAAUAUGCAAAGCAAGUCUAAUAACAAGAUUUCAUUAUUAUUUGAGGAAGAAACAUUUAUAAAAGAUUUAUGUUUUUGGUGGAAGGAUAAAAGUGGAUUAGCUCAUGGUAUUAUUUCUAAAAAAAGACCUAUUCUUAUUCGCGAUAUCAUCCCAAAUUCAUUUUAUGAAAUUAUUGGCGAAAUUGUUAAAACUUUUCCUAUUAAUUCAAAUGGGUAUACAAUUUAUUUAACUGAUUAUACAUCCAAUUCUCUAUUACAUUCUUACGAAUGGGGAAUGAGUUCAAAGUGGAAUGGUCCGUAUGGAAAAAUGACUAUUCAAUGUUCUUUAUGGGACAGUACAGCGAUGUUUGCAAGAAAUAAACUUUAUGAAGGCGAAAUUGUCCAAGUAUCUAAUUUAUUAGGACGCUUAAAUCGUGAUGGUAUACUAGAAGGUGUUGUUCACGGAGACAAACAAUAUCCAGAUAAAAUUUUUAUAACAAAACCUUCAAAAGAUAAUUUUUAUGUCAAGGAACUUAUAGCUCGCAAAUCUUUAUAUAAUAAAAAAUUUUUAAAUGAUAAAAAGAUUUUAAAGGAAAUAUCAAAAGAAAAUCAAUAUAAAGAAAAAACUACAGUCCUUACAUCUUCUGCUAAUAUAAAUUUAAAUAUUGUUUGCGCACACCAGCAUAUACCAAUUACUCAAAUAGGUGACAUAUUAUCAUCUCUAAAUCCGAAGCCAUUAUAUGUUGCGCAAAAAUUUCGUAUAAGAGCUAGAGUUAUUGACUUUCUCCCAGUAAAUCUAGAAGACUUUGCUCGCCCAUUUUGUAAAUCUUGUCAAGAAACAUAUAUUAAAAAAUGUAGAUGUUAUUCUGUAUAUCCUCUUGAUGAGGUAUUCAUAUGGCAAUUUGCUUUUUUGUUUGAAGGACAAGAUAGUGCAUGUAUUCCUGUUAUAUUUUUUGGAGAUGACGCACAAAUGCUUUUGAAUAACGAAUCUAUUAUGCCUACUAAUCUAAGAAAAGAUAAAAAAACACUUGCCUUAUUAAGGCAAAAGCUUUCUUUAAUAUAUGGAGAUUUAGAAGAAACCCUUUUAUCAGGACAACAUUAUAAUCAUAUACAAACACCUUGGUUUGAACUUUGUAUUAUGGAAUAUAUUGUACAUGAAAGUAAAACAGGGAAAGAACAAAGGAGAUGGAGAGCAUUUGGAAUAAAACUAAUAUGACACUAAAUAAACA